CCCCCCGCCUCCCCUUUUGGACCCUCGCACUUGGUAUCGUCCUGCUGCGUGUCCAAACAAAAGUGCGUCUCGCGGGUUUUGCUCUUUUUGGGACAAUUUCACGCUUCAAGUUUGUGACACGCGCACGUGCGCGCUCUCCCGUCCCCGGCGGCUAGCUCGGGCCGAGCCGCGGAGGCGGUUCGCGGGCGACGACGCGAGCGUGUCCCCGUGGAGCUUGGUGGGCACGCCGAAGUGACGCGUGGCCGGAGAACGAAGAGCGGAGGGCGGAGGGCGGCGACGCCACGUAGCGAGCCCACCGAACGGAGGUUGUCCGACGUCGGCGUCGCCACCGUGAGGAGCGCGACCCCGCCGAGGCGCCAAGAUGAGCCGGACGUGCAAAAACUGCGGGAGCUCCGACGUGGACGUGGACCAUGCGCGCGGGGACGCCGUCUGCAUGGCCUGCGGCUCCGUCCUGGAGGACAACAUCAUCGUGUCCGAGGUGGAGUUCGUGGAGUCGGGAGGAGGCGGCUCGCUCGCCGUCGGGCAGUUCGUCUCCUCGGAAGGCGGCGCCAAGCUCCCGUCGUUCGGCGACGGCCAUCUUGGCCACGUGGGAAAAGAGUCGAGAGCGCAGACGCUGUACAGAGCCAAGCAGCACAUCGGCGUCCUGGGCCACCAGCUUCAGCUCAACCAGCACUGCCUGGACACGGCCUUCAACUUCUACAAGAUGGCGCUGGCCAAGCGCCUGACGUCCGGGCGCAAAGCGGCGCACGUCAUGGCCGCCUGCCUCUACCUGGUGUGUCGCACCGAGGGAACGCCGCACAUGUUGCUGGACCUAAGCGACAUCCUUCAGGUGAACGUGUACAUUUUGGGAAAAACCUUCCUGGCGCUCUCCAAGGACCUUUGCAUCAAAGCUCCCGCUAUAGACCCGUGCCUUUACAUUCCGCGCUUCGCCCAGUUGCUGGAGUUCGGCGACAAGAACCACGACGUGUCCAUGACGGCCCUGAGGCUGGUGCAGAGGAUGAAGAGGGACUGGAUGCACACCGGACGGAGGCCCUCCGGACUCUGCGGGGCCGCCCUCCUGGUCGCCGCUCGCAUGCACGACUUUCGCCGCACGCCCAAAGAAAUCGUCCACGUGGUCAAAGUGUGCGACAACACGCUCAGGAGGAGACUGGUGGAGUUUUCGGAAACGCCCACCAGCUCGCUGACGUUGGAGGAGUUCAUGAAGGUGGACUUGGACCAGGAGUGCGACCCUCCCUGCUUCACGGCCGGACUGCUCAAGAAGAAAGCGCAGCAGAUGGAGGCGGAGCUGAAGAAGAAGAUGGCCGACCUGGAAGGAGAGAUCGAAGGCUACCAGGACCAAAUCGACGCCGAGCUGGAAAGCGCCCGACCCAAACUGCGAGGGGUUUACGCCGCCUACGCCAGAGAAGACCUGAAGAAGCACCUGGACCACGUCCUGGGCGCGUCGUCGUCCCCCAAGGCGGACGACGACGACGACGACGACGUGCUGGCGGCGGUGGCCAAACACUUCGGCAAGGACCUGAGCGAGCUGACGCUGGAGACGCUGAUCCAGUUGGAGCAGGGAGACGGCGCCGCUGAAGACCAGGACCGGGACCCCAAGAGGAAGGGACCCACGCUGGCGUCCAUCUUGGGAGCAAGCCUGCCCACCGCGGCUACGCUAGGCCUGAACGAUUCCGUAGGAAGUUGCUCCAAAGAGGACCCACCUGACGACGGUUCUGCCGAAGGCGGAGAGCUGGACCUGAGCGGCAUCGACGAUAGCGAGAUCGAGCUGUACCUGCUGAGCGAGAACGAGAUCAAAGUCAAGACGGCGCUGUGGAUGGCAGAGAACUCGGACUACCUCAAAGAGCAGAAAGAGAAGGAGGCCAAAAUUGCAAAGGAGAAGGAGUUGGGCGUCUUCAAGGAAAAGAAGCGGGCGACGCCCCGUCGGCGGGCGACCAUCCGAGCCGACACGGCCGACGAGGCCAUCGAGAAGAUGCUGGAGCAGAAGAAGAUCUCGGCCAAGAUCAACUACGACGUGCUCAAGGACGUGGACGUCAAGCCCGCCGACGGCCCCGCCCUCAAGGCCCGGUCCCCCAGAGGCCCCGCCUCCAGACCGAGCGGCCGAUGCCAGAGGCCGGCGGGACGGGCGCCGCUCAACCUGAGCACGCCGCUCAGCUCCCUGGGAAAAAGGUUGCAGCCGUUUGUGAGCGGGCAGCCCGACAAGAAGAUGGCCGUGCAGCAGCCCGGCGUCGCAGUCGCAGUCCCCGCCCCCGCGCCGGCCCCCCCGCCCGCAUUGGUGGAGAGCGGCCCGGUGGUCUACGACGACGCGGCGGCUGACGAAGACGAGGACGACGACGAGGAAACGUGCAUGAGCGCCAUGGAGCUGCUGGGCGCUCGAGCAGAAUACGGCGGCGACGAUUACGACGACUGCUUCUAACGGCCGCCCGGCGCUUUGCCGGCUUCACGGUGGGGAGCGGACACGAGACCGCCGACGGCUGUCGAGCGAGGGAGACGGCGGUUGGGGAGGGGCCUCGGCGGAAAAGGUUCUUGGAUGCGAAGGAAGGAAGUGGCUCGAGGGCAAGGACGCAACGGGCACAUUUCAUUUCUUGUCAACUGCAAAGUUGUUUCCGCCGCCUCAACAAAAGAUGUUUUUCUGUUCAUCUCGAAGCAUGCCGCACUUUAAAUUAUUCUGACUACAUGACUAUUAUUCAGAUAUUUCAUUUCAAAGAGGGCUCCUGACAAGUAAGCGUUUGAGUUCUUUUUUUGGGGCCGACGGUUUGACGUGAGCGUUGGAAAGCGCCCACCAAGGCGGCGCGACGUGACGUCACAGGACAAGACGGCGCGAUCGAGAUGCCGGCGGCCUGGCUGCUCUUCCUGCAACCGCGGCGUUUUUUGUUGUUGUUUUUUUUCUUCCCGCCAUCGUGUCACCUGUUCAACAUGGCCGUAAAUUCCACUUUGUGGCGCACGAUGACAUUCAAUAAAUGACUUUCACGCAUGCAGA